AUGUUGAAAGAGAGAAUGAAAAGACUGAUAUGGUUAAACAAUUAGUGGACAACCCCAAAGAUUUAGAAAAGGAUAUUUCAAUAAGGUGAAAUUAAUUAAUUUGGACAGCCUUAAAUGAGGAUUCAUAAAGAGGUUCUAACUUUUGAGAAGGAAGAAAUUGAAAUAGUAAACAACAGAGAAAAAUUAAUAUGUUACAGAAAGCAAGAGGAUUUUAAUAACAUAGUUAAUCGUUUAAAAGAGGAUAGAUACAAAUAUAAGGUUAACUCCAAUGAAAACCUGUUAGAUAAAUCACUUCUUUAGUUAGGGGUUAAGUGA